GUACACCUCCUGGUCAUCCUGGCCCUGCUCCUGGUCCUGGUCUGGCUCCCGCUCCUGCUGCAGCUCCUAGACCUCCAGCUCCUGCUCCUGCUCCUGCUCCAGUUCCUGCUCCUUGGCCUGGUCCUGGGCCUGGUCUGGGUCCUGGUCCGGGUCCUGGCCCUGGUCCUGCUGCAUUCUGGGGACAUCCAAGAUAUAGAACCUAUACUGUGUCUGAAACCGACUCAGACUACAGUAGUAUGACACCCGGCAGAACCUAUACUGUGUCUGGAAGCGACUCAGUCUUCACUUCAUCACCCAGCAGAUCCUAUAGUCUAUCUGGAACCGACUCAGGCCUCCUUAGUAUGACACCCGGCAGAACCUAUACUGUGUCUGGAAGCGGCUCAGCCUUCAGUACGUCACCCAGCAGAUACUAUACUGAGUCUGGAAGCAACAUAUUUGGAGGUAAUUUUCAGCCUUCAAUUUCAUCCCAAGCAGCCAGUACACCUGCUAGUCCUACUUCUCCUGAUGAAUCAUUUCAGCUUGCCUUCGUACCCCAAGGAACCAUUUCACCUCGUACUCCUGAUCCUGAUGCCUCUUUUCAGUUUCCGGUUUCAGCCCAAGUUCCUCGUACACCUCCUGCACCAGCACAAGCUCAUGAUGAUAUAUUUCAGGUGAGCUUUGGACCCAGGGCACCCCGUACACCUGCUACUUCUGCCCCUGCUGCACAGCAGAGAGUGCCUAGACACAGAGUCCACACUGUGUCUGGAACCAACGUACCCCGCUUUGUGCUACCAGCCAGACCCUACAGUGUGUCUGACACCAACAUAUCCUCCAGUGUGACCACGGGCAGAUUGUACAGUGCGUCUGACAUCAACAUCCCCUCCGGUGCAAUGUCACGUAGAACAGGUUUUGGGUCAUCAAUGGAACCAGCCAUCAACCUGAUCCCAACCAGAUCCAAUAUUGGGCCAUCCAUGGAUGCAUCCUCCCACAUGAGACAAAACAGAGCUUUUACCGUGCCCUCAAGCAACAUGCCCUCCCACCUGACAGGAAACAGAGCUGGUAUUGGGUCUUCAUCCUUCAGUUUCAGACCACGCAGAACCAGUUCUUUGCCUUCAGUAGCUCCUUUCAGGCGGGAUGUGUUACCCAGUACUAGAAGAUAUAAGGAAAUUUAAUUAUCAGAUGUGAGAGAGUUCUUCAUAGAAAUACUAGUUUCUCUCCCGAAGAAAAACUCUCCAGCAACACAAGAUCUAAAUAAAGUACAGUCUUACCUACCUUUGUAUUGUAGUUCACUGUAUAUAUUUUUUGUGAUUUCAUAUUUUUAUGAAAAUCUCAUCCAUAUCUUCACAUUUCUGUGUUUCUAAUUAA